GACGCCAUGCUUCCUCCGCCAGAGUUCCGUGCGCCGCCGCCGUCACCCGUCGCCGGCGCGCACGCUCACGCGCCGGGCGACGGCGAGGAGCUCGCAGGGUUCCUCGCUCAGUUCCUCCGCGUCCCCAAACUCAACCUCCCGCACCGCAUCUUCCCCCAGGAAGCCACGCUAUGGGACCCGGCGGAGAUCGACUUCCGGACGCUGAUAUCGCCGGAUGCCGGCCGAUCCGAGGCGGAUCUGCUCAAGUCCGCCGCCGCGGCCUUCGGCUGUUUCCGGCUUGCGAACCACGGUAUCCCGCCGGGACUGAUCGCGGCGGUCGGAGGGGCCGCGGCGGCGACGUUCCGGAUGCCGCUCGAGGAGAAGGAGAAGACGAAGGUGGCGAAGUUGCCGGAGAGGAGUUGGGGUUUCGAAGCGGAGGAGGUAGGGGAAGACGAAGAGUUCUUCUGGUGGUGUGGGACAGAAACUUUGCCGCGCAGCUUUAAUGACCUGCAAGAUAAAUUGCAAGAGUUAUUGAGUGAAAUUGAGAAAAUAGCGGCCAAAAUUGAAGAUGUUCUAUUGGAUGACGAUACAAAUAAGAACAAUGCCCAGCUGCUGAAACUCAGAAACGAGGGCGCAGAAGGCUCAUUGAUUUGCCUCCGGAAGCAUGCUCCGAGCGGAAGGCAUAACGCCGGAAUAAUCAAGCAUGAGUUGCUGAGAAUGCUGGUAAGGAGCUGGAGCUGCUCGAGCUGUUUGAGUCUGCAUCUCGCAGGAGGGGCUUCCGAGUUCCAUGUCUACUCCAAGAGGGGUUGGUACCGAUUUCGUCCGGGUCACUCGGCCGCUCUCAUCGUCACCGUCGGCGAUCAACUUCAGGCUUGUAGUCGUGGGAUGUACAAACAUGUCGUUGGGAAGCCUGUUUUGGCUCCAGGAGACGAUGGAGAAUGCAUUUCCAUGGCAUUUCACUGCGUGAAUGGCGGGGGCGGUAGAGCAUCACAGGGGGGAAAGACUGUCACGCUCAUGGAACAAGUCAUGGUGGCGGCAAUCCUGGCAAUCCUCUACUGCUUCUUAGUCUCUUGAUCCUCCUCGAAUUGUGAUUUUAUUUGUUUGUGUUCUGAUGUUGUAUUUUGAGUGUAUUUGAAAGGAUGAACCAUGUUUGAUGCUCAAGAACGAAAACAGCACCAACAGUGAAUUGUGGGUCAGAAAACAGGAGCAUAAAAAAUAUUAUAAAAAACCACUUG